CCCCCUGGCCUCCCCUCUAGUCUAUUACUUUUAAGAGUUAAAAUACUUUAUCUGUGUGGUGUUCGAAUCUGUCGCUUACUAAAAAACAGUCAAAUACAUUAAAAAUAUCCGUUUUUCCAGAUUUCAUCUCCUUCCCUUCUCCUCUCCUCUCCCACCGCCUCAUUGCUAUCUUCUACCUCCCCUCCCCCCGAUUUUACGUCGGUGGAUCUUCGUUCGUCAAUGAUUGGCUUCUCGCCGAUUCGAUUCUCGCGGCUCGUUCUUGUUCUUAAUCAUCUCUAAGUAAAAUAGUGAAUGAUGGAUGAAAGCUCAGUGAGUAGCAGCAUCAACGAAGCCGAAGCUGCUCACAUCCAAUUCAAAAACGGCCAGCAAUCUCUUAAACCGGAUGAAAUCCAGGAAACCAAGCAAGUUCAAGCUGAGGUUCAGAGGGAUGAUCCCGGUUCUCCUGACAGCUCCUUUGGCGUGAUAGCUGAUUUUCUAGACGGUAAGAAUGUGAAUGAGACAGAGAAUGAACCAUGUUCUAGCCGGCAGGACGCCAAUGAUGACGACGACGACGUGGUUGAGGAGUUGACUGUUAAAACUUGUCAAGGAUCGAGCAUGGCCAUAGUUGGUAGUUCAAGUAGUAGAGCUAGGUUAGAGAUCAAUCGCACUCAGUUUCUGCCUAGUAGCACUUCUAUGGAAGGUGACAAAGUAAUAACAAGUAUCUUGAGAAAUGCAGGCAAGACCUCAACUGGUGAUGAUGUUGAACGAAACCCUGUACCGGUAGAGGCAUUGGCCCAUGGAGGCAUCAAGACGAAGAUGUUGUCGCAGUCUGGUUUCUCUCAGUUUUUUGUUAAGAAAACGUUGAAGGGAAAGGGUGUCACUUUCAGAGGACCGCCGCCUAAUAGAUCCAAAGCUAGUAAUGUGGAUCAACAGUCUGUAGCUAGCCCUUUAGUAAUAUCGAACAAUACUCCAGCGAAGGUUUCGGGCAACACUCCUUUGGCGGUGGAGGCUUGUGAUGUUUUGCCUUUAAAAGGCGGUAAUCCAUCUUCUUGUACUUCUAAUCCUUCAGAUAGUGGUUGUGGAGGUGAAGGCUUAAGUCUGAGAGAUUGGUUGAAGUCAGAGCGUCAGGAAGUUAUUAAAGCUGAAUGUUUUCGUAUCUUUAGGCAGAUCGUGGAGCGUGUGGAUGAUUCUCAUUCCCAAGGAGUUGUUUUAUCUGACCUUCGGCCAUCUUUGUUUAAAAUUCUCAAGGAAAACGAGGUCAAGUAUGUUGGUUCAGGUUUUCAGCGAGAGUCUUCUGACAGCAACGUGAACAAAAAUACUUUAAGUCAGCCCGAGAAACCUCUGGUUAGAAGGCGGUUAGGAGAUUCAGGAUUUGCUUCUAGUCCCGGCGUCCCUGCAAAGAGGCAGAAGUCAAGUGGACCAAGCUCUAGACAGUGGCCUAUGUUUCAACGAGCCGGCGGCAACCUCAAUAUCCAAACUGAAAAUGAUGUUGGCGCAACACAGGAGCUUCAUCUAAGAUCGAGUCAUCCUCAGUGUAGUCCAUCUGCCCGUUCGUUUACGUCAAUGAGUGAGCAGUUGGAGGAGAAAUGGUAUGCAAGUCCUGAGGAGCUCAGGGGCGAGACUCGUUCAGUCUCUGCAAACAUCUAUAGUUUGGGUAUCCUUCUUUUCGAGCUGCUUAGUCAAUUUCAAAGUGAAAGAGCUCGUGAGGCUGCAAUGUCUGAUAUCCGUCACCGGAUUCUCCCGCCCAAAUUUCUGUCAGAGAAUCCAAAGGAAGCUGGGUUCUGUCUCUGGUUACUUCAUCCAGAGCCUUCAUGCCGACCAUCAACCAGGGAUAUCUUGCAGUCUGAAGUGGUUAAUGGAAUACCAGAUUUAUAUGCUGAAGGUUUGUCUUUAGCUAUUGAACAAGAGGACACAGAGUCUGAACUGUUACAGCAUUUCCUCGUUUUGUCCCAAGAGCAAAGGCAGAAGCAUGCUGGAAAGUUGAUGGGAGAAAUUGUGUCCUUAGAAGCAGAUAUUGAAGAAAUUGUGAAGAGACGUUGUGCCAUAAGUCCUCUGUCUGUGGGAGAAGCUUCUAGCUCAUCGCUUGCUUCAAGUGUACCUGAAAUGAGACUGGUCACGAACAUCAGACAGCUUGAAACUGCUUAUUUCGGAGCAAGGAUAGAUGUUCAUCUUCCUGAAGCACGUUAUAGGUUACGCCCGGAUAGAGAUCUGCUAAGAAACCGUGAUGAGAAUGUUAUAUCAGAACAAGAAAAUAGUGAGACCUGGAGCUCAGAUGAUCGCGUUGGAGCGUUCUUUGAUGGAUUAUGCAAAUAUGCUCGAUAUAGCAAGUUUGAAACACGAGGUGUUCUGAGGACAGGGGAGUUGAACAACACUUCAAAUGUGAUUUGUUCUCUGGGUUUUGAUCGAGACGAAGAUUAUUUUGCUACGGCUGGUGUUUCAAAGAAAAUCAAGAUAUUCGAGUUCAAUUCCCUAUUCAACGAAUCUGUGGACAUUCACUAUCCAGCCGUAGAAAUGUCAAAUAGAUCAAAGCUUAGCGGCGUUUGCUGGAACAACUAUAUCAGGAACUACUUAGCUUCCUCUGAUUAUGAUGGUAUCAUCAAGUUAUGGGAUGUGACAACAGGACAGGCCAUUUCACAUUUCAUAGAGCACGAGAAGCGGGCAUGGUCUGUUGAUUUCUCUGAAGCGUGUCCGACAAAAUUAGCCAGUGGAAGCGAUGAUUGUUCUGUGAAGCUGUGGAACAUCAACGAGAGGAACUGCUUAGGAACGAUCAGGAACAUUGCAAACGUUUGUUGUGUGCAAUUUUCUCCACAGUCCUCUCAUCUGCUAGCCUUUGGAUCAUCAGAUUUCAGAACAUACUGCUACGAUACACGGAAUUUAAGAACUCCGUGGUGCAUACUGUCAGGACACAACAAAGCAGUUAGCUACGCGAAAUUCUUGGAUAGCGAAACCCUUGUCACAGCAUCAACUGAUAACACGUUAAAGCUUUGGGAUCUUAAGAAAACUACUCACGGUGGGCUCUCCACAAAUGCUUGCGGCUUAACUUUUGGUGGCCAUACAAACGAGAAGAACUUUGUUGGUUUGUCUACUGCCGAUGGAUAUAUAGCUUGUGGCUCUGAGACAAAUGAGGUUUAUGCAUAUCACCGGUCUCUUCCAAUGCCCAUUACCGCGUACAAGUUUGGUUCGAUUGAUCCUAUAUCAGGAAAGGAGAUUGAGGAAGACAACAACCUAUUUGUUUCAAGCGUUUGCUGGAGAAAAAGAUCAAAUAUGGUUGUUUCAGCUAGCUCAAAUGGGUCUAUCAAAGUUCUUCAGCUGGUUUGAAAUCAUUACAUACAGAAGAAGCCUAAAGCCCCCUUGGUAUAGGGUAAAACAAAGAACCAUCAACCCAAGACUCGGACAAAACAAUCGUACUACUGAGUUUGUGAAGAAGGUUGAGAUGAUGAACAACACAGAAGAGAUAUGACCAGUAGUUCAAUCUUAUGUACAGUGUUGGUUAGUAGCUGCGGUUUGGGUAGUAAUACAGGUGAUGAGGAUACGUAGUAAGGUAAGACCUUUUCUUGGUGGUGUUGCUAAGUUUGUUUAUUUAUUUAUUUGCCCUCCUAUGGUUAUGAUACCAGAUCUCACUUUUGUUAUGUAAAUUUGCCUUCCUAUAGAGUAUUAUACUCUUUUGUUUUUGAUGUA